CCAAUGAAAUAUACUUGGUUAUAUCACUUGACGAAGAUGGCUGCCUUUCUUUUAUAUCCCUCUCCUCUCUCCCUUUCUACUCCUCCUCUCAUCUCUCUCUUCGUAUAGUAGAAUUUCUAUAGAAUGGAUCCUUCCUCCACCGAUGGAUGGAUCCAAAUUCUAGCUACUUCCUUCAUGAAUAAUUUUCAGAUUCAUUUGCUCAGCUAUCGAAACUUCUCUUUGGCCUUCUUUAUCGAGUUCUUCGAUCGAAACUUUGAUUUUAGAACACGAGAUCCUAGCGAAAAUAGCCAUCAAGAACUGUUACCUCUAUCAGUAUUAUUAUCUCUAUCAAUUUCAUCAAGUGUUUGUUUUUUGUAUCCUAGAGAAUUGUACAACAUGGCGAUCGGGCUGCGAGCAUAUGGAGCUCCACGUUAUUCCAUGCAUCUCCGUGAGCUAAGCGAUGAGUGAUCUUAAAUUUUUCUUCCAGGAGAUAAGAGAGUUUUGAUCUCUACUUGAGCGAUUUUUUUUUUAUAACUAUUUCCUCAAAUAGAAAACAAAAUUAUCCAUGGCUACGUACUUUCAUGGCACCCCCGAAAUCCAAACUGAUGGAUUACAGACUCUCUACCUCAUGAACCCCAAUUAUGUUGGAUAUUCCGACACGGCCGCCGCCGCUCCGGCCAACAUGGUCCUCCUGAACUCCAUGAAUUCUCUAAAUCCCAUUAACCACCAGCAACAACAACACUUCGUCGGCAUCCCGCUCCAACCGACCGUCGCCUCCCACGAAUCCAGCCGCCCGCAGCCCAUCGAAGUCCCCCAUGAUGUCUCCACCGUCCAUGGUCUAGUCCCCCGCCUCCACUGCAACCUAUGGACCCCGACACCGGCGAGCAAUUCCAUCGACAUGGCCUCGCAGUUGGGCCCCCAACGCCCUUCCACCAUGCGUCAGCCUCAGCAAGUUCUGUCCCUCAGCCUCUCCCCACGGGAGAUGGUCGCCCCGGUGCCGGAGAUAGCUCCAGCGAGCACCGAGGAUAAGAAGAUCCUGGGGUCUUUGUCCUCGGCUUCGGGUGUUUCGAGUGGUGUCUCCGGCUUGCAGAGCUUUUUGAUGGGUUCUAAGUACUUGAAGGCAGCUCAACGAUUGCUCGACGAGGUGGUAAACGUCGGGCUGGGAUUUAAAGGUGAUCCGGCGAAGGGGACUAAUUCCAAGAGUCCUAUGAAGAGCAAUAGGGAGUCGGAAGGUACGGGCGCCGGGAUGGGGGAGGAGGAGACGAGCACGAAGAGAGGGGCUGAUCUCACCACAGCUGAGAGGCAGGAGCUUCAGAUGAAGAAGGCAAAGCUUGUUAACAUGCUUGAUGAGGUGGAACAGAGGUACAGGCAGUACCACCACCAGAUGCAAAUUGUGGUCACUUCCUUCGAAGCUGUGGCCGGAAUCGGAUCAGCACGAACAUACACCGCCCUCGCUUUACAGACCAUAUCGAAGCAAUUCCGGUGCCUCCGAGAUGCUAUCGCCGGACAAAUUCGGGCUACAAGUAGGAGCUUGGGGGAGGAAGAAACCAAGUCUGGGAGCUCAAGGCUUCGGCUCGUCGACCAUCACCUGAGGCAGCAGCGGGCUCUCCAACAGCUUGGAAUGAUCCAGCACAAUGCUUGGAGACCCCAGAGAGGAUUGCCUGAGCGCUCUGUUUCCAUUCUUCGGGCUUGGCUCUUUGAACACUUCCUCCACCCCUACCCAAAGGAUUCAGACAAAAUCAUGCUUGCGAAACAAACAGGGCUUACUAGGAGUCAGGUCUCGAACUGGUUCAUAAAUGCAAGGGUCCGACUGUGGAAGCCAAUGGUGGAGGAAAUGUACAUGGAGGAAAUGAAGGACCAGGAACAGAACAAUACUGAUGAGAAAGCUAGCAAGAGUGAUGCCAAUGAGAACUCAGUCUCCAAGUCCAGCGCAAAUCAAGAGAACAGCCCAACAAGAACUGGGCAGGCUGAUAGUCUCAAAACAACACAAGACCACCCAACUGAGACGAAGGUUUCUUCGGUCGCUAUAUCGCCGUCAUCCUUAGGAAAUGAUAAAAGCCAUGCUUCCUACUAUGACAAUGAAGCAGCCAUGCAACCAAGGCUAAAGAAGGCAAGAAGGGUUGAAUCGCUGCAGCCGAAUGCCAUGCCGCAUUCGAUCAGUUUCGAUAUGAAGUCGGAUGAGACGAGCAACCGAGAGCUUUUAAUGAAGUUUAUGGAUGGACAGCAGAGGGCCGGGGACCAAGGCUUUUCCUUGAUAGCAGGCACUGCAAGCAAUGGUGGCAGUUUUGGGGCUUACCCAAUUCCAGACCUUGGAAGGUUCGACUCCGAGCAAUUCACACCAAGGUUUUCUGGCAAUGGUGUUUCCCUCACUCUUGGGCUCCCAUACUGUGAGAACCUCUCUCUCUCGGGAGCACAGCCAUCUUUUCUCUCCAAUGAGAGCAUGCCAUCCUUCAACAACAACCCGAGUGUUGCUCAUCCUUCAAAUGCCUACGAGAGCAUUGAUAUCCAGAACAGAAAGAGGUUUGCAGCUCAGCCACUACCAGACUUUGUAGCUUGAAUUAUAUUUGCUUUAGAUUUGAAUGAGUAUAUCAGGUUGCCUGUAGAAUAGUAGUAGUAGUAGUUGGGGUCUGGGUAAAGAGAAACCUUUCACUGAGUGAUGAUAGGACUAGUGUAUAGAAGAAUAGCUUCAGAUUGAUGGGUUUUAUACUUUGACAGAGCCAUUUGUGUUUGGGAUUUGAGCAGAUUAGGAGUUGAGUCCAUAAAGCUGAGGAAUGUAUAUUGUUUCACUCCUUUGGAACAUGCAUACAACUCAUCAGUGUGCAAUUUUUAUACAUAUAUAUAUAUAUAUAGGAUCUUAAUUUAAUGUUGGA